AUGAUGACACGUUAUGGAGAAGUACCGAUCUUCUGCAUCAUCGUUGUCUCAUUGCUUCAGCUAGUAUUGACAAUGUGUCCACAAGAAUGCGUAUGUAUAUCUGAGGAACAAAAGGUGACACAUUGUGACAAUGCAGCGCUAACUGACAUUCCAGCUUUGCUAGAUCCACGAAUUACGUCAUUAGGUAUGGUUAAUUGUACACUAAAACGACUGGAUCCGGAUAUUCUCGAAUUGUAUCCUGAUCUGGAAUAUCUCGAUUUGUCUUUCAACAAAAUCGAUAUGCUUGAUAUGAAAAUUUUUAAAUAUCAAACAAAACUUCGAGUACUACGUCUCAGAGGGAAUCAACUCUCGUCACUACAACUUGACAGUUUCGUCGGCUUAAGCCAAUUACAAAUGCUUGAUCUCUCCGCAAAUCAGCUGAGUCAACUGGAGCCACUUUCAUUUCCGGAGCUAAUUCAUCUUCAGGAGUUAAUUGUAUCAGAUAAUUUGCUCGUAACAUUACUACCGAAUACUUUUGCUGGCUUAAAAAAUUUGCAACGGCUAGAUUUAUCCAACAAUCGGUUGCAUACAAUCGCUCAACAUCUGUUUGAUGAUGUACCAACUUUGCAUUCGCUAGACCUCAGCCAUAAUAAUCUUUCAUCAAUAGAAGCAGACACAUUCGCUAGUUUGACCUCUCUAAAACGUCUUGAUCUUAGUUCCAACUCACUCGUUGAACAGUCAUUUAAUGGACUCAACAGUUUACAAUAUCUUAACAUUAGUUAUAAUUUGGUGCAACGGAUCAUAACAUCGAAUUAUCGUUCAUUAAGUUUAUUACGUGAACUUGAUCUAUCCUCCAAUCAAAUGAUGGAAUUACCGGCGUCAUCAUUCGAUGGUCUAAACUCACUUGAGAUACUUCGGAUGACAAAUGAACCCUACCUACAUUCAAUAAAGCUGAACGCGUUUUCUGGUUUGAUAAAUUUACGCGAACUUAAUUUAUCCUCAUGUCAUGUUUUGGGAAAAAUAGACGAAAAUGCGUUUGAAUAUGACAAUCAGUUGGAGAUGCUCGACCUGAGCAAUUGUCGACUGGAACGGUUGCCACAGAAACUUACUGAAUGGACUAAUUUGAAAUCUUUGUACAUAUUCGGUAACCCGCUGCAUUGUGAUUGUGAAAUGUUAUCGUUCCUUCCGGAAGUGCUCCGGAAGUUCUCUAUCAAUGCCACUUGCUUUACGCCGCCUUGGUUAUUCGACAAAAAUAUUAUGCAGUUGUCUGAAAAUUGCACAACGUUGAGCGAAUCACAGCUAAGUUUCGCUAUCCUUGGCAUAUCAUUUCUAAUUUUAAUUAUUCUGCUACUUUUUGGUAUGUAUAUCCGCCGACAUCUUCCUUUAUGCAACAAAUUUUCUUCCGCCAAAUACCGCACUCAGAACAAAUGCCGCUCACAUCUAUACAGUAAACCUUUCCUUAUCGCUUCAUCAAUCAAUGACAAAUCUGACUUACUGUCCGAACAGACUUGUUAUACGACAACAAACCGCAGUACUUCAAAUGGUUUCUCUCGUUCCGGUGGUCUCUAUGAUGACGAAGGUUAUUACAGCAGCGUAAUGUUUCCUGCAGAAUACAACGCUUAUGAAUGCGCACGUUCAGUUUAUCCGAUACCUCCACCUGCAGCUACAAUACCUCAAACAUUGCCAAAAAGCUAUGGGGAUGACAGUUUUAGGAUUAUUUCUGAACAUCCUAUACCUAUUACAGAAUUAUGA